UACGCCGCCCGUGUAGUGCGUGUGGCCGACUUGGAUUUCCAUUCGCGUACUCGCUUCACACGCUAACCGUCGCGAGUCCCGUCCGAUCCGCCGUCGAUAAUAAUAAUAAUAUUGUGUCGUGUGCAAGCGCCUUGAGAAGAAGAAAAACAAUUUUUUUUUAAAUCUUCGAUCGUUUUUUAAUCGAAAUUUUCCAUCGUUCCGGUUCGGGAAAAUCGGUAUUUUUUUAAACAUAUUUUUUGUUACUUAUUGAUGUGCGCCGUUACGACAAACAUGAGAAUGAGCGACAUGGCCGUGUGUCCUGCGGCUAGGAGACAACAUUCGUUUUUCGAUUCGUUCACCGUCACCAAAGCCAUCGAACAGUUCGAAAAGCUAUUGUCCGGCAAACAAACCGAUGGAGAGUGGAAAAGCACUCAGUGCAAUACCGUGCCGUCGUCGAAGAAAAACCAUAAAAAGGAAAACACUCUGCUCAAGUUCCUGGCACUGAACGCUCUAGAACUGAGUGCGCCCGCCAGCGAUGUGCUGCUGCGAAACAACACCACCACCGCACCGACCACGACGACCGCCACCGCCACCGCCGCCGCUGUGGUGACGUCGGACCCCGAAGCCAGGGUCAAGCCGACCGCGCAGUCCGCGGCUGGCACUUGCCGGGCCGGCGCCCCGCAACAGCAGUCGUGGUUCCAGCUGUCCGGACAUCCGGACUGCUUUGCCCCGGCCGGCGUGGGCACCAUAUGGAAGAAAUGCAGCGGCGGCACCGAAUGUGACGUAUACGAAGCGCUGUCCAACGAGCCCAGCCUCCAGGACAUCGUGCCCCGGUACUACAGAGAGGUCGAGUACAACGGUCAGACGUUCAUCGAGCUCCAAGACCUGUUGUACGGGUUCCGGGACCCGCACGUCAUGGACAUCAAAAUGGGCACGCGCACCUUUUUGGAAUCCGAAGUGCAGAACACCGCCGCCCGGAAAGAUCUCUACCUCAAGAUGAUCGCCGUUGACCCGGAAGCGCCUACGGCCGAAGAACGUGAACUGCAAGCCGUCACCAAACUGCGUUACAUGCAGUUCAGAGAACAGCAGAGUUCAACGUGCAGUCACGGGUUCCGGAUCGAAGCCAUGAAGUUUCGAGGUUCUCCGCCCGUUACCGAUUUGAAAACCGUCAAGAGCGACGAAGAAGUCAACAACACGCUGGCAUUGUUCCUAGGCGACCGGCAGGACAUCAAGCACAGGCUGGUGGCCAGACUGAAUGAAAUCCGGACCAAACUGGACCGUUCUCAUUAUUUUAAAACUCACGAGAUUGUGGGCAGCAGUAUUCUAAUUAUUUAUGACGACACCAAAGUCGGUGCGUGGCUGAUAGAUUUUGCCAAAACGAGGCACGUACCUGAAAACGUGAUACUCACCCACAGGCAACCGUGGGUGCCGGGCAACCACGAAGAAGGAUUCCUGUUCGGCCUCGAUCACCUCAUCGACGCAACUGAAAGUUUACAAAUCCCCAACACGGUAGACUCUGUGGCGGCAUCGAGUUCCAUCAAAGUAGAAACUUGACACGACAACACCUACUAGCCUUCUCGGAGGCGACAGUCUAGUCAACCUAAUGUAACGAUACUUGCGUUAUCACAACACUAUGGGACGUAAGCUUGCAGAAUUCCAAGCGUUGAAUAUCUACUAUUUAGUUUUUAAUUUUAAACAGCGUGUUACGCUUACAUAAUUGUUAUUAUUAUUAUUAUUUUAUUUCACUAAAAAUCUAUACUUUUUACCGACCACUGAUUUCAUUCGGGGUUUUAUUCGGGAUAUUUAUUAUUUUUUUUGUAUAUUACACUUUUGAACUGUGACCGAUUUUGCGUUGGUUCUCAAUAAAAAUUAAAAAAAUGCUAGGCAAGCCUGUUAAUAAAUUUCAAAAAUAAUCAUUUUCACAGUAUUAACAUUUUAUAA